GUUAAAAAAAACUACAGCCAGCAAAACUAAAACAAACUAAUUAAAAAAACAAAAAUAUAAAACUUUUUCAUACACAAAUUGGCGGAGAAAAAAUUCUACAAAAAUUGUGCGCUUUAAACAAGUUGUUGUAGGCAAUUACGGCCACACCCAUCACUACACAACGCCCCCUCAAACAACAGCUGCAGCAGUAGCAACAACAACGAGCCAUACCACAACAAACAACACCAAAAUGCAUCUCACAACCACAACAACAAAUGGCACGGCCAAUACCAACAAUACGGCCACAGCCAAUAAUAACAACAACAAUAGCCAGAACAAUAACAACAACAGUUCGUCAAAUACAAAUGCCAACAACAACAAUUCAUCAAAUGGCAACAACAACAACAGCACAGAACAAAAUACUCCGCCCACAGCAGCACAACUACUCAAUGAGGCCUACACCAAAAUGACUUCGGACAUUUUGGCCGAACGCACACUCGGUGAUUUUCUCACCGAACAUCCGGGCGAACUGAUACGCACCAGUAGUCCGCUGUUCGUUUGCACCGUAUUGCCGCCACACUGGCGUUCGAAUAAAACGCUGCCGGUGGCAUUUAAGGUUGUCUCAUUGGGCGACAUCAUGGACGGUACAAUGGUGACGGUGCGAGCGGGCAACGAUGAGAACUAUUGUGCUGAGUUGAGAAAUUCGACGGCAGUGAUGAAGAAUCAAGUGGCGAAAUUCAACGAUUUACGUUUUGUGGGACGCAGUGGUAGAGGGAAAAGCUUUACAUUGACAAUCACAGUUUCAACAAAUCCGCCCCACAUUGCCACCUACAACAAAGCCAUCAAAGUAACCGUCGAUGGACCCCGUGAACCACGCUCCAAAACCAUGUUAUCAAUUUUAGGACAACAGCAACAAUUUCAUUUCGCCUUCGGCCAAAGACCUUUUCAUUUCUCAACGGAUCCCCUGUCCGGUUUUCGUAUGCCACCAAUUGGCAACUGUCAGAGUGCCAGCAAUACACACUGGGGUUACGGUUCAGCUACCGCCUAUUCACCCUAUUUGGCCAGCAGUGGUUUAUCAUCAUGUACAACACCGACAUCAGCACAAUUCAAUAAUCCAGCUUUGGGUUUCUCUUGCUCAUCCAAUGAGCAGCCGAAUAAUCAAGAUUUUACAGGAGCUUCCAAUAGAGAUUGUGUGCCAAUGUUACCAGAUUCUACAGCCUCCGACUUGGAUCAGCAUUUAAGUAAUCUAGUGGGUUCUACUACCGGCCAGAUGACUCAUCACAGUUUGCUGGGCUCUACAGGACAAACGGCCAUUUCGUCAACGGUAAAUGGUGGAGCAGUGGCGGGUACAAAUUCGAUAUUGGUGCCGCGCUAUCAUAAUGCCAACAACGAUUACAAUGUUCACUCUAGUCAAAAUGGUCCACGCAGUUUGAGUGAUUCCUCACAGGCAGAGUCUCCGGUACAGGAGGAUUUACUAUCGACAAAUACACCAAAUUUGGGCGGCACCAAUGGCAAUGCUGCGGCUAAUGGCACAAAUAGUAAUUCGAAUGGUUCGGCCAAUAAUUCUUUGGUGGGCACGAAUCAGAACUUUAGCGGUAUUGUAAAUCAAACACAAAACCCAGCUGCCUAUGGUGGGGCAACGGGUGCUGGUGUGGGAGGUGGUCAUACUGGUGCAGCCGGCGCGGGCUGUAAUGGCUCUUUGUACCCAGUCCUACCGGCUAGUCUAUUGUAUUCGCAACUUUAUACCGCCGCCAAUCAAUCGCAUGGUUUCCAUUCUCAUGCCUUACCCUCCCAUACAUCCCCCAAUUCCACAGUCCAUGGGGAACUGCAAAGUGUUAUGGAUCACAUUAGCAAUGUGGGUGUAAGACAGCAACACAACAUUAUGUCUGGUGGUGGAGUCACACAUCCCGGUGACCUGACCUUGAUAGGAAAUUGUGGCGCCUCGGUGAGAAAUAUAGAAGACGGCAAUACUAAUCGUCAGUUGACAGCAUUGGCUGCCCAUCGCGGUCAUCAUAAUCCAGCUGAUAAUGGGGGUAGUGUUUGGCGGCCAUAUUGAGGUCAGGUGCUUUGGUGCGGCUCGGCUGUCCUUUAGUGUUACGAGAACCCAGCGGAAGAGAGUACGGCUGUAGGUACAGAGAGCAAGCACUGGUAAGACGAAAAGAAAUUAACGUGUGAUUUUGUAAAUAGUUGUGUAUAAAAAUAAAACUAGCUCAAUAUUUAAAUGAAAAUGAAACAGAAAACCCAAAUUUUAGUUAAUUUAUUUCAAAUUCAAUUACAACAAUGUAAGACUAACAAAAGUUUUUAACAAAUGAAAUCUCAUUUAAAAACGUAUUGUAAUUGUUAAAUUAAAUGUUAAAUUUUUUUCAUAUA